AUGUUACGGUCAGUUUGUUCAGAAAAACAUCAGAUUCUGAUGGUGCAACACUGCCCCCGUGUGGACACCAGUGGAACAACCCUCCCCUGCAGCAGCAUCAGGCCCCUGAGCUUUGGGGCCCGCAUCACUCAGGCCUCUCCCACAUGUCAGUCACAAACACUGUCCACAGGAUCAGUCCCUUUGAGCAUCAGUCCCUUUGUCCACAGCAUCAGUCCCUUUGUCCACAGCAUGAGUCCCUUUGACCACAGCAUCAGUCCCUUUGACAUUUAUAAGAGACAGUUUGACCUUUUUCUCUACUACUCGAUGUAA